GCCGGGACUGCCUGCGCACAUUGCGCAGCUGCCGACGUAGCGCGGAGCCGCAGAUGGAGCCUCCCCCCAGCACCGCAGAUUCCCCCAGUAAUAUCCUUUCAACACUGUGUAACCUCAUAGAAUUAGUAAACUUUAAAAGAUGACUUAAAAAUGACUAGAGAAAUGUUAGUCUGUUGCCUUUUGAUCUAGAAGUAACUGAAGGUGCUCUGAAAAAUAGUGUUUGAAAGCGAAAAUUCUAAGCUGAGACAUGUAGAAAAAGACGUUUUGAUUCCACAAAUAAUGAGGGAGCGAGCCAAGGAGCUGUGUUCAGAUAAAGUGCAAGCAUUUACUAAGUGCUGUCAAGAAACUGGUCUUCUUAUGGUGGUCAAGUGUCGGCAAGAGAACACAGCACUGAAAGAUUGUCUGGUUGGCUACUAUUCUGAUCCAUCAUUCUAUGAAGAAUGCAAAACAGAAUAUUUGAAGCAAAGAGAAGAAUACAGAGCAACUGGAAUUAAGAAAAAAAGACAGAAGCUUACUUCAAAUGUGUAGUUAAAACUUAAAUGAACUUUUCAAAUUUUGUAUCCAACUUCGAUUUGACUUGAUUUAAACAGACUUAAAUCAUCUGUACCCCUCUGCGUGGAAUUUAACUGAAAUACACUAAAUGAGAUGAAUGGAGAAUAAAAUAAUCUCUGAAUUUAAAAGGCAAUUUUUUUAAUUUUCUGCAAUUAAAGAUAUAAAGUACGCUGUCACAGUUUGCAAGAGAAGUUGCAAAGGUCUGUUCCUUUGUCUGGACUUAAGGUUUUGUUACCAAUAUACAAAAAGCCUUUUGGAAUUUAAAACUUGUGUCUAGUUAUGUGUGACAGGCUACAUAAAAACUUCCGGGUGAAUAAUUUAAGUUUUAUUAACUAAUCACAAAUUGGGUAUACAAUAAAACUGGUCUGUUUGUCAUCUGAAGUUGAGGGCCUAUGGAGAUGCUCUUGAUGCUCUUUACUAGAAAAGAAGGAUGGCAAACAUGGAAGAGCAGAGCUUCUUGGACGAAUUUGAUUUAUCUUUUUCAUGAAAACGUGAGUCAUACGAGAGUCUGAUAGUACUUCUGUCUACACCGUGACUCAUUUUUAAGUCUACUUUGUCAGAAGGGAUGGAUGCCCCUGCCUGUGUGUGGCCCCGUCUGGCCCUUUCGGCUCUGGAGAAUGGGAGAAGGCAUGCUGAAGGCCAGAUCAUUGCGAGGAGUAUCCUCCCCCACUUCCCUCUUUCAGAAUGAAGGUGACUUCAGUGAGUGAGCGAGUGACCGCACUUGCAAAAUUAAUAGGAGUAGAGAUGCUUCACAAGCCAGCUGGCUCCCAAGUGACUUCAAAUCUGCGGACUUCUUUUUCAAAUGUUACGGCUUGGCCGCAGCAAUGAGUGAUUGGAUUGGAAAUGCUGCCUGCAGCAAGCUCUCCACCAUCCCGCCCUCCUCGCUCCGGGAUCAGCCCUUCUUCUGAAGUCUCUCUCGGCAAACAUCUCCCCUCCCUUCUCCAGCGCGGGAAGCAGCACAGAAGAUAAACCGAGAGUCAAAGGCAAAGCCUGGAAAUUCUCAGGCACCGCACGGAGAAGCUUAAUUUUAAGUUUCCCUGUCACACAGGACAGGCUGACUAGAAACCUUCUGACACAAGUAGUCAAACCACAGGAACACGCCGUAGCUUGAGGUAGCCAAAUCCUUCAGGUUUCAACAUCCAAGAGGAUACUUUUCCCAGAAUACGCUCAGAGCCUCUACAGAGGACAUUUGGUUUGUUCCUCCUGAAUGGAAGGGAACGAACCUCACAUUUAAUUGUUUGUGUUUGGAGUGACAUUUGUACACAAAUCAAGAAACUAAAACUGAAGAAAAAGAUUAUGUGCCAAAUACAGAAAGGAGAUCUGUAAGUGAAAGCAAUUUCAAACAAAAAUAAAUUUAUUUAAAAUCUUACACAGUAGAAUUCCUUCAUUGCACAAAUCAAAGUAUUAACCAUGUUGACGUCUGUUGGCUAAUACAUGACUUCUUAAUAAAAAAACCCCUCUGUAACACGGAGGUGGGGAACCCCCAGAAGUAAGCUACGUUAGAACUAGAUGCCAUACAGCUUAUGCAG